UUUCUUUGAACUUUUCACUCAUUAUUGCAGUCGUUUUUCUUUGUUCAUUUUUACUCCACUUUCUUUCGGUUUUUUCUGGAUUUUAUGGUUGGAUCUUUCGACUUGAUUGAUCAGAAUGGGAGGACGACAGCGAGGAAAGGCUUCAAGCGCAGCAAGACACUUUCGAGGUUGCUACCAUGUGGCAGAACAAUUCAAGAAUUCAAUGGAAUACGACGGAUUUCAGUCGUACCGUUGUCAGUUCAUACUUGUUCGAAUUCAGGACAAGCAGAGACAUUACAAACAUAACCAAUUGGGUUUACGAGCUGGAGAUUUUGGAUCCGCAAAUUCCCUGGAGCUAUCUCAACGAUGGCACAAUAAAUAAAAAAGUUGAAGCUUAUAGAGCUUACAUAUUUCAAAUUUUGUAUUAUCUCGACGUCGACGAUGUUUUGGAGGAGGCUGAAAUCGAAGACAUUUUUUUGUUCGAUUUGGAAUUGGCUAAGAUCGUAUUUCAGAAGAACGAGAAUUUCGACAUGAAUCGUCACUACACCAGGAUGAGCGUAGGGCAACUCGAAAUAAAAUAUCCGGAAUUACACUUGAAAGAAAUGUUAAAUGAAGACGAUGAUAAAAUAGUCCAAAUGAGCAUAGACGCGGACGUUUUGCUCAAGCUGGAAGAAUGGAAGCUGAAAAAAUCGAAAAGAGCUUUGGCUAAUUGGGUCCAAUGGCGAUGCACAGUAAACAAAAUCAACGAAUUAGAUUCAUACGUCACUCAUAGCACGAAAAUGUUUCUUUACACUCUUUACAACGGUGAGAUAAAAAAAGAUAAGUGGAGGAGCUGCGUUCAAAAAGUUCGCGAGACUCAUCCGUUCUUGCUGGACGUCUUAUACUAUGGGCAAUAUCUGAGUGACAGUCUUGUAAAAGAUACGACAGAGAUGUUCACCAACGUCAGAGACCAAUUCAUCGGGUUCUUAGAAAAGGCUGAAUGGAUGGGGAAUGGCACCAAAGAACAGGCUCUUGAAAAAAUCAGGAAAAUAAAACACAAUCUUGGUGCUCACGAAAUGUAUAUGCUCGACAGAAAAUCAAAUACGUCUUAUGAAGACUUUCGAUUCGCAUACGGUUUAUUAGCAAAAAAUAGAGCAAAUAUAACGAAAAUUACAAUGCAUUUGAGUGAGUCGACAAACGACAGCGACGAGAGCAGGCCAACAGACAAUUUCUUGCUACAAGAUGCCACAUAUUUUGAGCUCUACUUAUCAAUGGUUUUUGGUGCCACCGUCUAUACCGAUCCUUACUACAAUAUCGAUCACCCAAAAGCUCUGAAUUACGGAGCUCUCGGGUAUGUGUUGGGUCACGAAUUGGCGCACAGUCUCGAUGACCAUAACAGGCACGUGGACAUAAAUGGUAACCUUAAUCCGUGGUGGGAUUCACAGAGUAAUGAGACGUUUGUUGAACGCAUUAAGUGCCUCGUCGAACGGUACAAAGAAUCCGGGAUUGAGGAGCUUGGUCUUGAUCUGAAUAGUUUCGCAUCUCGGAAUGACGACAUUGCGGAUCACGUCGGUGUCACAGCAGCAUACUUCGCGUAUGACAAAUGGAGGAAAGAAAACGAGCCUGAGAAAAAAUUGCCUGGGCUCGAUUAUUCACCGAGGCAAUUGUUUUGGAUCGCUCAUGCCAACAGCCACUGUUCGAAAUACCAACGAAAAUUAUUCAGAGAUUUGUAUCUUUUGGCCGAACACUCCCCACCGAAACUUCGAGUCAACGUGCCCCUGUCAAAUAUGCCAGAAUUUUCACGAGAUUUCAAAUGCAGUUCUUAUUCUAAAAUGAAUAAUGUGAAAAAAUGUAGCGUAUGGUGAAGUUUCGCCAUUUUUCGUGGUGUUUCAAAUGAGAGUUUAAAA